UCCGUAGGGUAGUGGUGUGCGUACAUGGACAGCCCCACUGACGAGGCCCCCAGCUCCAGCAUGAAAGGUUAUGUAAUGAGUUUUUAGUAGAGUUUCCUGGUUGUCAAGAGCCUGACUCGACUCAUAUUGCAGCUUAGGACAGGUAUGAGCUAGCGUACUGCCACUCACUCAUCCUGUCAAUCAGUUAGUAGGGGAAAAAAACUCCUCAGAUAAACCGGUAACGCCGAAGACCAAAAGUAGAACAAGACGCCAGGUUCUGCCUUACAGCUUGUCGGCGAAGUCUUUUUCACUCGGAAGUGAGUUAGUGAGUUUUCAGAGCAGACAGCGGUAGUCAGGCCACCUGUUCCCCCAGCCUCAGAGACCGGUAACAGAGAGAGUGAGAGAGACGACACAGAGAGAAGCGGCAAGCGGGGAGCAGCAUCACCACCACACACCCUCUACAAGCUUUUGGGACACUCCACACACCCCUCACGGAGAUUCUAAGCAUGCUGCUGCUGGAGGAGUCGGAGACCUUUGCAGACCAGCCUCAUACCGCUCCCUUCAGCUCGGGGAAUGAAGCACAGGGAGGGGACUCUGCGGGAUGGCAGUGCACCCCCCCCAUCUACCUCAGCCUCGGGGGAGACGCCGUCCCACCCCUCAACACAGCCCCACUCUCGACCAUCCUCACGGCCUGAGAACCAAAUUCCCUCGCAGUCCCUGAGUGGAACCAAGAAGAGGUCCCACUCCAACAAACCUGCACACAUGAGGAGGAACAUCAGAAAGCUACUGAGGGAGCAGCAGUUGGAGGCGGUGACCAAAGCUGCCCAGCAGGAGGAGCUGGAGAGGCGGCAGAGGCUGGAACAGCAGAGGAAGGAAGGGCACAUCCCUGUGGUCCUGCUACCUGAGUACACACCAGGACAUCUGUCUCAGAGUGUGUCUGCUAGCGUGGCCAAAAAGGAUCGUGUGAUCUGCCUGGACACCAGUAACAGCAGCACUAACGUCAGAGAAGACGACUCCAAAGCUCUGGUCCCAGAAUCACACUCGCCCAAAGAAGACGUGAUCGAGCUGAGCUCCGGCGAGGACGACGCCCUACAGGUCAGCAGCGAGUCCACCAAUGAGGAGGAGGAGCGGUCGGAGGAGCGGUCGGAGGAGGCCAGCGGCACCCACGUCAACGAUGCUGUGAACCAACCGGACGCCCUGGGGCGUGUCUUGGUCAACCUGAACCACCCUGCUGAGGAGGUAGACCUGUUCCUCUCCCCUCAACUGGCCCGUGCCGUCAAACCUCACCAGAUCGGUGGGGUCCGGUUCCUGUAUGAUAACCUGGUGGAGUCUCUGGAGAGGUCUAAGCGCAGCAGUGGCUUCGGCUGUAUCCUUGCCCACAGCAUGGGCCUGGGCAAGACCUUGCAGGUCAUCUCUUUUAUAGACAUCCUGCUUAAACACACACAGGCCCACACCGUGCUCGCCAUCGUUCCUGUCAACACGUUACAGAACUGGCUGGCUGAGUUUAACCUCUGGGUCCCUUCCUCUGAGGCAUUACCCGCAGACAUCAACCCCGCACACUUCUCCCCGCGCAUCUUCAAGGUCCACAUCCUGAAUGACGAGCACAAAACCACGGCCAGCAGAGCGAAGGUGAUCUCUGACUGGUCGCUGGAUGGCGGCGUGCUCCUGAUGGGGUAUGAGAUGUACCGCCUGUUGUCCCUGAAGAAGAGCUUUGUGGCGGGCCGGAAAAAGAAGUCCAAGAAGCUCCAAGGACCAGUGGUCAUUGACCUGGAUGAAGAGAACCUGCAGCAGGAGCUCCUCAAAGACAUAGAGAAGGCCCUGUCUCACCCAGGCCCGGACGUGGUGAUCUGUGACGAGGGCCACCGCAUUAAGAACUGCCACGCCAGCACCUCGCAGGCCCUGAAGAACAUCCGUACCCGGAGACGUGUGGUCCUCACGGGAUACCCACUCCAGAACAACCUGAUAGAGUACUGGUGCAUGGUGGACUUUGUCAGGCCUGACUUCCUGGGCACCAGGCAGGAGUUCAGUAACAUGUUUGAGAGGCCCAUUCUGAACGGGCAGUGUGUGGACAGUACACCUCAGGACGUCCGGCUGAUGAGAUACCGAAGUCAUGUCCUCCAUAGCCUGCUGGAGGGCUUCGUCCAGAGGCGUGGCCAUAACGUGCUGAGAGACCAGCUCCCCUCCAAGGACGAGCAUGUGAUCAUGGUGCGCCUGUCGCCCCUGCAGAGGGCCCUCUACAAAGAGUUUAUGAACCGCUUCAGAGAGGCAGGCAACAGCGGCUGGCUCAGCCUCAACCCACUCAGGGCCUUCUGCGUGUGCUGCAAGAUCUGGAACCACCCAGACGUGCUGUACGAGGCGCUGCAGAAGGAGAAUCUGGCCAAUGAGCAGGACCUGGACCUGGAUGACAUCACCAACAGCCACGCCCGCUGCCCAGCCCCCUACCAGAAGGGCAAGACCCCGGAGGACCCCAACAGCAUCGAAGGGCUGAGUCUCAACGCUCUGCAGGAGAAGGCCAACCAAGUCAUCACCUACGAAUGGGCGAAGGAGAUCAUGUCUGACUAUAAACCCGGGCUCUUGGAGAACUCUGCUAAGAUGGUCCUGCUGUUCCACCUGAUCGACGAGAGUGUGAGGAAGGGAGACAAGAUCCUGGUGUUCAGUCAGAGUUUGUCCACCCUGUCAGUCAUCGAGGAGUUUCUGGCCAAGAGGCCCAUACUGGCGGGCAGCGCCAGAGAGGGCUAUAAUCAAAACUGGGUCCGCAACCACAACUACUACAGACUGGAUGGGAGCACAUCUGCUUCAGAGAGAGAGAGGCUCAUCUACCAGUUCAACGACCUGUCCAACACCUCCGCCUUGAUCUUUCUGCUGUCCACCAGGGCUGGUUGUCUGGGGGUGAACCUGAUCGGGGCUAACCGUGUGGUGGUGUUCGAUGCCUCCUGGAACCCCUGUCACGACGCCCAGGCCGUAUGUCGGGUGUACCGCUACGGCCAGAAGAAACCCUGCCAUAUCUACCGCCUCGUCAGUGACUUCACCUUGGAGAAGAAGAUCUACGACCGACAGAUCUCCAAGCAGGGCAUGUCCGACCGAGUGGUGGAUGACCUGAACCCGGUGCUGUCGUUCACUCGAAGGGAGGUGGAGUCUCUGCUGCACUUCGUGGAAGAGGAGCCUGACGUGUCACAGGUGCAACUACAGCCCCACCAAGAGAUAGAGGCAGGCAUCAGACAGGCCUGCCAGCUCUACCCUCACCUUGUCACCAAGCAACCCUUUCACCAUGAGUCUCUCCUGAUGGAGCGACAGGGGAUGAAACUCACCAAAGCGGAGAAGAAGGCCGCCAAGAAGAGCUACGAGGAUGAGAAGCGUGCAUCGGUGCCCUACACGCGCCCCUCUUAUGCCCACUAUUACCCCGCCAGCGACCAGAGCCUCACAAAUAUCCCUGCCUUCAGCCAGCGCAACUGGCGCCCACCCCCCCGACAAGAUGAGAAGCCGGUGGCCAGUGUUCGCCCAGUUCAGUCAACUCCAAUUCCCACGAUGCCUCGCCAGGCAUCUCACAGCUCUGCCCCCACAGCAGACACCGAGUCCAGCCCGGGCUUUCCCGUCAACUACCUGCAAAAGGCGGGCGUAUUUGUCCAGAAGAUCAUCACCACCACAGAUAUUGUGAUACCUGAAACCAACAGUUCAACUGAUGUUAAAGCCAGAAUCAGUGCAGGAGAGAGCAUCCACAUCAUCAGAGGAACGAAAGGGACCUACAUCAGGACUUGUGAUGGGAGGAUAUUUGCCAUCCGCACUGCAAGCAAGCCCAAGGCAGGGGAGGAGAACUCAGCUGCUGCACCCAAAGACACCCAGAAGGUAUCGGAGGAGGCCUCCGCCAACGGCUGUGUGGCUCGCCUGCUUUCCCCCGACAGCCCCGAAAUCCUGAGUGAACUCCAGAGGUACGAGGCUUCAACCAGAACCAAGGCCCAGCAUCAGCAGGGCUCCAAGGCUUCGUCUGCAGGUGCAGUGGCUCCACAUGAGAAGGCGCUGGCAGAGAGCAACAAUGGCAGCAGCAUGACUAGCCAUGCCAAGCCCUGGAGCGAUGCCUCCGCCCCGGCCAAGCCCAGCACAGAUGCCAUUGCUGCCCUGGACCUGAGGGGCACCAAGCGCAAGGCCUCCACCCCGUCCAACGUCGAAUGGGCCAUCAAAAAGCAGCCGGCCCCCAGCAAGCGGACCUCGGCCCAGUUGCCCGUCCAUGCUUUUCCCUUUGCGGCGGGCUAUGACCUCCCACCCAUGGGCCUCGACCCAGUAAUGCUGGGCUCCAUGGGGCACCCCAUAUUCAUGGGGGCCGGCUUGCCGUACUUCCAGUCCCACAGCCAGCAGGGUGACCACCGUCUCAUGUUCCCCAUGACUCCCGACCCCUUCGGCUUGGGGGGCGGCACCCUACCUAGAUCCUCCUCCACCAUCACCUCCUCGGCUGCCCCUGACUCAGCCUCCCUAGCUCCCUUCAUGCUGGGUGCUGGUAUGGCUGGCAUGCUGCCCCCAGGUUUCACCAUGUCCUAUGGCGAGUCCCUGUGCAUGUAUCCUAACUUGCUGCACCCCAGGGAGCAACCGGCCGCCACCCCAGGCCCCGCUGGCUCCAGCUUCUUCUCCCACUUCCCCUCCUCCUCUGGCCUGAUAGGGGCAGGGCUGGGUCGCUCUGAUGCCCACGGCUCGGCAGAGAACGCCGGUGGAAGCAGCUCAGACAGCAACAACGACGAUGAUGAUGUCAUUGAGGUGAUGGGACAAUGAGAGCCUCCAACUGUAGGAAAGAGGCAUGUGGGUUGUAGGGGACAGUUAGUGGAGUUGCUGGGGCUAGGAAAGCUGAAGAGAAAGGGAAGGGACAACCAAGCCCACCUCCUCCACUAGACCUAUUCCCCAUCCUAAAUGCAACAUGCACACCUUUCAAAAAACGAGAAUCUAUGUUGGAAUAUAACAGACUGGACAAAGCACCAAAUCCUUAUGCUGAAUAUCUUAUUUAAACAUUUUUAAAAAGGCAAAUCUGAACUUAUGUGAUGAAGAAAAAUGAACUUGGGGCUUCCAAAAUGUUAUCCUGUACUGGCUUUUGCAAAUCACUGAAGCAAGAGACUGCUGGGUUUGGACCUGCAAACCACUUCUUUGUCUUCUAUUUUUUUUAAAUUCCCAGCGGUUGAUGACAGACUAGGUUAAUAACUAACUGACAAUAAACUUGAGUUAAUAUGUCAAUUUUA